AUGUACCUCAAGAGAGAAAUAGAGGCUGCGGUGAAAACGGGAAGACUGGCCCAUUUGGUCAAGGAAAUCAAGGAAGGGGGAGGGGAUCGUAAGGGAAGAGAUGCAAGGGAGCCUGGGAGGGCAGAUAUUGAUAUGAUUAGGAGGAGAAAUGAGUUUGACGUUACCCGAAGUGUAAAGGCCAGGAUCCUAGGCUCCCCGAACUGCAUGAAAACUCCCAUCCUUAUGCCAUACUUAGAAGAAGGUGAGGUGCAACGACUCCCACUGAAUAUCUCAGCUGUGAUAGCUGGACACAAGGUGUCUAGAAUACAUGUGGACGGAGGGUCAGGCGUCGAGGUAAUAUACGAACACUGCUUCCUCAGAUUCGACAGGGAUAUAAGAGAUAGGUUGGAGGAAGACUCUAUACCAUUGGUGGGAUUCAACAACAACGUGUCACAACCCCUGGGAAAGAUCAGGCUCCCAUUUACAGUUGGUGUAGGUGAUCGGGUCCGGACGAUAAAUUUAACCUUCACAGUAGUCAGGGCACCCUCCAAGUACAACGCAAUCCUGGGAAGGCCCGGAAUCGGAGAUCUGCAGGCACAAGCAUCCACCCCCCACGGGGCUUUGGUAUUCCAAACACCAAAGGGUCUUGCGUGGGUUAAGUCAGCUUACGAAGUGGUUUCUUCAGUAUCCAAAGGGGAAGAACCAGGAAGAUCCCAGGAAAGGAAGGUGGAGGAAUGGGUCCUCUGUGAUAAAUUCCCGGAACAAACAGUCAAGGUAGGGAGCCACUUAAGUGACAAGUGCAAGAGUGCCCUAAAGGAGUUACUCCUCCACAACCUAGAUGUGUUUGCAUUUCAACAUGGAGACAUGACAGGAAUUCCCAGAAGCCUGACGGAGCAUCGGCUCAACACUUUCACGUGGGCGAAGCCAGUGAAGCAAAAGAAGCGGAGUAUGGGACCUAACAAGGGAAGGGCCGCUUGUGAGGAGACUCGAAAGCUGCUCAGAGCAGGGAUCGUCAGAGAAGUUAAAUACCCAUCCUGGGUUGCUAACCCAGUUAUGGUUCAGAAAAAAGAUGGGGGAUGGAGGAUGUGCAUCGAUUUCCAAGACCUAAACAAAGCAUGCCUCAAGGACUGUUACCCUCUCCCGGAGAUAGACACCCAGGUGGACUCUCUGUCCCAAUAUCCCCUGAAAUGCUUCCUAGAUGCCUACAAGGGAUACCACCAGAUACAGAUGUCAAUAGAAGACGAAGAAAAGACCGCUUUUAUCACAGAUGAGGGAACAUUUUGCUACACCAAGAUGCCCUUCGGUCUCAAGAACGCGGGGGCAACAUACCAAAGGUUCAUGAACACCUUGUUUAGGGAACAGAGGGGAAGGAAUCUAGAGGUGUACGUUGACGACAUUGUCAUCAAGAGUUUGACGGAAGCAGCUAUGAUAGACGACAUAGCCGAGACUCUCAACACCAUGCAGGAUGUAAACAUGAAGCUGAACCCUGGGAAAUGCUGUUUCGGGGUAGAGGAAGGAAAUUUCCUGGGGGUAGUGGUAACCAGAGGGGGAAUAAAAGCAAACCCGGAGAAAACCCAGGCUGUAGCCGAGAUGCGUUCUCCCAAGUCCCUGAGAGACAUCCAGCAGCUGUACGGGAGGCUGAUAGCACUAAAUCGCUUUUUGUCAAAGGUGGCUGACAAAACCCUUCCCUUCAUGAAAGUAUUAAAAGACUGCCUUCAGACCAGCAAAUUCAACUGGACCACUGAGGCCGAAGCCGCCUUUCAGGAAAUGAAAACCUACAUUUGUAAGCUCCCUACGUUAGCCACCCCAGUGCCUGGAGACCCGUUGCUCCUUUACCUAUCCGCCUCAAAGACGACCAUAAGCGCGGUCAUGAUGGUGGAACGGGAAGGGAAACAGAUCCCCAUAUACUUUAUCAGCAGAACGCUUAAGGGGCCCGAGGAACGGUACAUGCCUCUAGAGAAACUUGCGUUGGCCCCGGUCUUUGCAUCUCGGAGGCUCAGGAGGUAUUUCCAAGGGCAUAAAGUCACCUUAGUGACCGAUCAACCCCUUCAGAAAGUGCUCAGAAAACCAGAGCUGUCGGGGCGACUAGCUAAAUGGGCCGUAGAGUUAGGGGAACACUCUCUGGAGUUCAAACCCAGAACGGCCAUGAAGAGACAGAUACUAGUUGAUUUCCUAGCAGAAGUCCCUGAAGAUGAAGAGAGGGAGCUACUAAAGUGGGAGGCCUUGGAGGAGGAAGAGAGAAAAAGGGAAGAUGAGGCUGUGUGGAAGUUAUUCACUGAUGGAGCAUCCAGUGAAGAAGGGAGCGGUGCAGGUAUCACGCUGGUAAGCCCCGAGGGGGUCGAGCUGACAUACGCUAUAAGGUUGGACUUCGAAAACACCAACAAUACCGCCGAAUACGAAGCCCUCUUAGCGGGGAUGAGGCUAGCACAGAAGAUGAAAGCGAAACACGUGGAGGCUAGCACCGAUUCACAAUUGGUAGUAAAGCAAUACCAAGGAGAAUAUGAAGCGAAGGAUAGCACCAUGGCUCGAUAUGUGGCGAAAAUUAAGGAGGCAGCCAAGGCAUUCGGGACCUUUAAGCUAGAGUACAUCCCUCGUGGAAGGAACAGGAAGUCUGAUGCAGCGGAAGUUGCCACGGUUGAAAGUCGACAAGAAACAUGGAUGACCCCAAUCAUCCAAUUCCUCCGGGACGGAACUCUACCCGAGGGAGAAUGGGCGGUCAGAAAAAUAAGGGUCAAGGCCCUACAGUAUGAGCUGAUUGAGGGGGAGCUAUACCGAAGGUCGUAUCUGGGCCCGUCCCUGCAGUGUGUUGAUAUAGAGGAGGCCGAAUAUGUGGUCAGGGAGAUGCACGAGGGGAUUUGCGGGAUGCACUCAGGACCAAGAACAGUAGUAAGAAGGGCAAUGAACGCAGGGUUCUACUGGCCACGAAUGUACGAAACGGCAUCUGAGGAAAUCAAGAAGUGUGACAACCGCCAAAUACACGCCCCGAUGACCCACCGGCACAAACAUCCCAUGGUGCUAGUCUCGACGUCUUGGCCAUUCCAGAAAUGGGCCAUCGACAUAAUUGGGCCUUUCCCGGAGGGUCCAGGAGGGGUCAAAUACGUGGUGGUGGCUAUUGAUUACUUCACUAAGUGGAUUGAAGCGAAGCCCUUGGCAAAGAUCACUGGAGAUCAAAUGAGACGGUUCAUGCUGGAUAACAUCGUAUGCAGGUAUGGGGUUCCGAAAGAGCUGGUAAGUGACAACGGGGUCCAAUUCGCCGGAAGACCCUUCAAGCCAUGGUGCGAGCAAAUGAGGAUUCAACAAGUGUUCACUUCCGUUACUCAUGCCCAGAGCAACGGGUUGGUGGAGAGAGCCAACCAGAGUGUUAUUAAAGGGAUAAAGGGUAGGCUUGGAAGGAAACAGAAGGGCUGGCUGGAGGAACUUCCAUUCGUGUUAUGGGCAUACCGAACCACCCCCACAAGUUGCAACGGGGAGACCCCAUUCAGUCUUACCUAUGGAACGGAGGCUAUGAUCCCUGCUGAAAUCGGGUCCCAAACUGCUCGGAUGAAGCUUCGGGAUGAGGAGAACGAGCAGGAUCUCAGAAUGAACCUAAACUUGUUAGAAGAGAGAAGGGAGAUAGCAGCAGUAAAAGAAGCCCACUACAAAAAGCUCCUCGAAAGUUACUAUAACACCAGGAUGAAGAAACUCAACGUUGUCCCAGGGGAUCUGGUUCUUAGAGCCAACGAGGCUAGUCUGCAAGAAAACACCGGAAAGUUGGGUCCCAACUGGGAAGGACCCUACAGAGUCACGUGGGCAAAUGGCAAAGGAACCUGCAAGUUGGAAACGCUAGAGGGGAAGGAGGUCCCUAGGACCUGGAACCUCAUGCAGCUCAGGAAGUAUUACAUGUAA